AUGCACGACGGGGCGCAGAUUCCUCACAAGUCGGAGGCAGCCCCCAAAAGUUGGGCUGAUAAGCCUUCGCCAGGUGCCGUCGACCCGCCGACCAUGCCUCGUACUCUCUUUCUUCUCUGUGUCCUCCUUGCUGUGAGUUUUUUGGGAAAUUCAUGCGAUUUCUAGAAGUGAUUUUAGAAUUAUUAUGGGGAUAUGAACUCAAUUGGAAAGACCUUGUAAACUUGAAAUUGGGAAAAAUUUCAUAAUCUUGAAAAAAUGGAGGAAUGUAAACAAAGGACUUUGAGUGCUAAAAAAAGUUUUUUUCUGUUUUAGAAUGAUUUUUUUAAAGUUCUAAAAAAAUCGUUUUGAAGAACCAUUUUCAAUCAGUUUUUUUCAGCUUGGAGUAUGAAAAAAACAGAAACUGAGAUUUAUUGUGAAUAAUUUAAACAUUUUUUUGCGAAUUUUUUUGAUAAAAGACAUUUUUUUAAAUUUUUUUGGAUUGGAAAUCAUAUCAUGGCUUCAUAUAUUUCAUUGUAAAAUUUGAAAAUUGCGAUUUCAAAAAGUUAAAUUUUGGAAAUUUUUGAAAUUUUUACGUCAAAAAAAUUAUACCACAAAUCUUCAAAAAAAUCAAAUUUAGGCAAGGAAAAAAACGUACAGAAACCAGUUUUAUUGAAAUAAGAAUAAAAUAAAAAUAUUUAUGGUCAUUCUGGGAAUGCACCCCUUUGGAAAAAAACUAUUAAAAAAAUUUUUGAGUUUUUUUCAAAAAAACUAAACUAUUUUAUAUUUAUUUAUUUCAGCCGUUUUUUUCACUCCAAGAGGGUCUGUUCAAAUUUCGAUUAAAAAUGACUUUUUUUUUCUCUAAAAAUCGAAAUAAACAAAUGUUUCUGCUUCUCAAUUUCUAUCUAAUUCGUCUGUAUCACAAAUAAAAAAAUGGACUAAAAUUUUUUUUAGAUGAAAUUCGUCUGACCGUUAAAAUUAAGGUGAAUCUGAAACCGAAAAAAAGAUAAGAGGCUCUAAAGAUCAAAAAGAUGAAAAAAAUAAACUUGGAAAGUUCGGUUUUGUCAUACUUUAACUGGAAAAAAAUUAUUUUUUUUAAAAAAAUCAUGAAUUCACUUUUGUAACAGUAUAGUUGGUCUGAAAAAAAUCGAAAAAUAAUUUUUUUGUUGAUUCUCAAUUUUUUUCAAGUUUCUGUGUAUUUUUUUAUUUCAUAUGGGUAAGAAAUUCUUCUAGAUGAAGCUUGUCUGAAAGCUUUAUAGAUUAAUUUAAGACCUGACUAUUUUUUUUCAAUCGAAUUUAGAGCGAAAAACCUCGAAAAUUGAAAAUAAAUGAAAAAAUAACCAAAAAAAAAAAUUCUUUCGUACUUCAAAAAAUAUUUUGAAAAUAGUCUGGAAUCCCUUUCUAUCACACUCUAGUUGAACUAGAUCCCAUAAGAAGCAUGUCUUUUCGAAUUCCAACUUCAAACUUCUUCACAAAAACGUCGGAAAACGUCAGUAAUCAUAUCAGUCGGACUUGCCCCGGGCAGACCCGAGGCGCCGUCAGGGAAAUUUCAUAAUUAUCAGCCCCGAUUUUUAUCAAAAUUCCUUUUUCAGGUGCUCGGAAUCGUGCCAGCGCAGCAUUCGGACGGGGAAAGGUUAUCAAUUUAUCUGAGAAUAAAAAGGCGUUUCGUGAUUUCUCCCUGAUAACACGGUAACUGUACUGAUAAGGGUAGUCUGUCGCAAAAUGAAACGAUUUUUUUCUCGUUUCGUUGAUUAGGGAAGUAUGUUUGAGCUGAUAAGGGAGUUUUAUGGAUGGUAUGGUGAUAAGGGAGCAGAGAGUACUGUAGGACUGGAGAGGGUUAGAGAAAAAGGCGGUUACAGUAACCGGGAGCCUUCAAAUUGAGAAAAGAAAGUGAAAUAAAUCUGGGAAAGUUUUGAGGGGCCACUUUAGAGUUACUAGUCACUAUAGUAGUCGAUUUAGUAGUCACUUAAGUGGCUAAAAGUUAGUGGCUUCUCUAUAAGUCUAAGGGGUACUACUAGACCACUAAAACUACUAUAGUGGCCACUAUGGAGGUCGUUUUAGUGGUCACUUUAGUGUCCUCUCAAAGUACUCAUUGAGAAACCACUUAAGAUUCCACUUGAAUUUCUUUCAUUUUUUAAAACGUUUGUUGAAGAAAGUGAGGGAAGCUUCACAAAACGGAUAACCUUCUCUCAAAAAUAUUCUCUUGUUGAAGGAUAUCGCGAAGCGAAGUCGGAUCGAGUCCGACGCACUUUUUUAUAACUAUAAAGCGAUUUUCUAUAAAUAGCUUAAAAACUCUAUCCAGUUUUUCGGAGCUUAUCCUUGAUAUUCUACUAGGAAAAUUUUUAGUGGCCACUAUAGUAGUCGAAUUAGUGGCAUGCUAAAAAAAGUCGGUCAGUUUGGAAAAACUAGGCCAUGCCGCAAUUUUGCUCUAUGGAAAACUUAGAAUUUCAAACUUUUUUUCUUUUCUGAACUUUUUCUUCCUCUUAUUAAUUUUAAUAAAAAGGUUUUCGCUUAUUUUCAUUCAAUUGUAUCGUUCUCGCGAGCAAAAUACGAUGGAUACUACAUUCAAAAUUAUGAACUGAUUCAACUUUUGAAAAUUCUCAUUAAUUUUUUUGAAUCCACGAUACUUCAUCUAAACAAAUGAGCGAAAUCAAAAAUCAUAAGUGAUCUGAUAAUGAGAUAUUGUGUAAAAUACGCACAAAAAAGGCAAGAAACAAAGUUACCUCGGACAAAAGGUAAAACAUUACCUAGGGAAACAAUUGAAAAUGAGGAACAGUUAUUUUAAAGGGAGGAGUAUGUGUCCCAUAUCCUAGAAAACCGAUAAAAAGGAAGAAAAAAUAUAGAAAAAGGAAAAAAAGUUUGAAAUUCGACUUUCCAUAGAGCAAAAUUGCGGCGUGGUCUGGUUUUCCAAACCGACCGAACCGACCGACUUUUCCAGCAUGCCGAAUUAGUGACCAGGGGUUGAAAGUUAGUGGCCACUAUAUAGGUCUCAGCGUUACUACUUACCAAUUAAAAUUUUAGGAGCCAUUUCAGUGUUCUCUCCAAGUAGUCCUUGGCGAGCCUCUCUAGUGACUACUAAAAAUUUUCUCAGUAACGGUUAAAAAUCUGUGCUUUCUGAGGAAUCCAAAAAAAAGAUUUUAUGAUAAUUUUUCAUUGCAGAAUACGUAUUUUAGUUUGGAUAGGUCCUCAUGAAAAGCCCUUCACUGUGGCUGAAUACUGUUUCAAAUCCAUUAUCUCAGUCGGAAAGUGCUUUUACUCCAGUAUUAAAUCUAGGCUGUUUUCGUAAAAACUUCAAGAAAAUACGCUCUGUAGACUUUUAUUCAAAAUUAGGUAUAUUUGGGCAGUUCUGAAUAGGUUUUUUCCUCGAAAAAAUGGUUAAAUGUCAUUUUUAAUUUCAUUAAUCAACUUCAGUACAGAUAUUUCCGGAGAUGUUUUACGCACCGUAAAUGCGAAGCCGUAAAUGAUUUACCCAGAGGAAACGUUUAUAUUUUUUCAGUUUAGAAGAUGAGAUGAAGAAUUUCAAGCUUACCUGCUUUGAACUUAUUAUAAAUCGAAUGAAACACGCGACUCCAAAAUUCUUCAUUAAUUACCUGUUUCAGCGUAGAAUCUUGUCUGAAAACUGUAUAAAUUUGUGGUCUAUAAACUUCAAUAAAUCCAAAAAAGAAGAAAUUCAGACAUCACCACCGCCACCUGAACCGUCGCCACAUCCCGAACGAGCUGGAAGACAUCCUGGCCGGCGGAAAACAAGGAAAUCUCCAGGAGAUCUUCUCCAAGGACGUCGUCCGGAUCACCUGCCACUGGCGCUUCAAGAAGGUCUUCGGCGAGGAGAAGGCCAAGAAGAUCGAGGAAUGGUUCGACAGCGCGACCCCUCGCGAGGAGAUCUUCAAGAUCCUCGCCGACAUGGCCCUCAAGGUAGAACAUCCCUGGGAUCGCUUUUUGACCAGGGAAACAUUGGAUAAUCCGAUGUCAAUUUCAAGCUUAAUUUCAUUUUAUUCCUUGUUUAAAAAAAUCAAAAAAAUCAUUAAAAUGUGAUUGAAACCGGUUUGAUAACGAAAAAAAUUUUUUUGUCGCUAGAAAAGCCUUUUUCAAGUUGCGCCCGACCUGAAACGGCUAACGCGCAUCUUAUCAAAUAACGAUAAAAAAAGAUGAUUGAAACUUGUUUUAUUUUUAAGAAAAAUUUUUGAAUUUUCCUCAUUUGUAAGCUCAUAACUAAAAGUGCCUUUUUUUCAAAGUUGCGCCUGGCCUGAAACGGCUAACGCGCAAGGGCAUGGUUAACUGAGACAAAAAGAAGAUGGACUUGAUAGAUCCACUUUUUGAACCAUUCCAAUUGCGACCAAUAUUUGAAAAUCUGGAAGAAAUUUUCCUCGUGAAAUUUUGUAACCUCUAAAUUUCUUGUCGUGAUUAUAAAGUUCAGUGGGAAUAAAAAAAAAUUUGAAAAUCAUAACCUUUUUUAAAAUCCGCUGAAACAAGGAAAUGAUUCAGUAGCCGGAAUUUUUUUUUUCGAUGUAAGGUGUAUUCCGUUUUUCGCCUGUUUUCUCUGCACCCUCCUCGUCUCUCGGCGACCCUCUCAUGUUGUCGUGCUAUUUCCAUUUUUCUCUAACCUCGCCGGUGAGGGAACAGAGAGACGCAGACACUAAAACUGUCAAGCUUUUACAACCAUUCCCGUUCCUCAAGAAUGUCUUUUUCAGGUCGAAAUCCCCUUCAAACGUGAAAUGGCCAUCAAGGUCGUGAGACGCUGCAAAGAGGAGCACGAAAACGCCAAGAAAUCCCAAAAGCGCAGGUUUUUAUCCGAGAAAAACGAGGAAAAUUCAUUUUUUAAGGUCGCUCGAUGCGAAAAUCCAUCGCGAAUUCCAAGUUCUCCGUCGGGAGCGAAGAAAUCAACGUCAUCACAUGGUGGGAUCUCACUUAGGAACGCCAGAGUGGUCCCUAUAGGGUCUAGAGUGCCUAAGUAGCGGACCCCCUAGGGGGCACUUUUUGCCACAUAUAGGGGCUGCUUUUCUUCCUAAACUCGAUAGGGACCACUUUCAGGAUCUAAUCUCGAAACCCUAAAGUCUAAGGGGCCCCUACAGGGGUCAGGGAGGAAAACGACCCCUAUAGGUGCUGAAAGAGUGGUCCCUAUAGGGAUUUAGGAUCUGAUUCCGAAGCCUCCAAAGCUGGAGUGGUCCCUACAGGAGUCAGGGAGGAAGACAACCUUAUAGGUGCUGAAAAAGUGCUAACUAUAGGGGUUUAGGGUCUGACUCGGACUAUAGUGGCCCCUUAAGGGAAGUAAAGUAAUCCCUAAUAUAGUUUCGAAAAUUGACCGUUCGACCGACCGUUCGACCAAUAUUUUUUCAACAUGUCAUAAUAAAUGGUCAUUGGUCGAACGGUUGGAGUUUCAACAUUUCAACAUGUCACUUCAGAAUGACAUGUUGGUUUUUGACCGUUUGAAAUGUCACUUCGAAAUUGGUCGGUCAUUUUUCGAACGUUCGAAAUGUCACUUCGAAAAUGGUCGGUCAUUUUUCGAACGUUCGAAAUGUCACUUCGAAAAUGGUCGGUCAUUUUUCGAACGUUCGAAAUGUCACUCUGAAAAUGGUCGGUCAUUUUUCGAACGUUCGAAAUGUCACUUCGAAAAUGGUCGGUCAGUUUUUGACCGUUCGAAAUGUCACUCUCAAAAUGGUCGGUUAUUUUUUGACCGUUCAAAAUGUUACUUUUGAAUUGGUUGGUCAUUUUUCGACCGUUCGAAAUGCCUAUUCGAAAAUUUUCUCUUACGCUGGAAGUGAGGGCUCGUGCGCGAGACACAUUCCUUCUUACUGCGUUCCAGUCUUUCACGUGCAAACUUUGAGCCGUCAUAAUUUGACUACGAGGCAAAAGGCGAGAUAUUUUAUUUUUGAUUUGGAAUCAGCAUGCCUUAAAGUACACCCCUGCGAAGUUUCAUCAAAAGUUUAACCGGGGGAUAAAAACAGUUUCCUUGUCAGAGUAACUAGGAGCUUAUUCAUUUUAACGAAGCACGCGGAGUUUUCUCAAAAUUCCAUACUUUUCGCAUACGUUGAUUCAACUUAUUUCAUUUCAGACAUUUCAAACUUUUUUCAGUCAAAUUUCGAUCGUUUGAAACGUCAUUUCAAAAUUGGUCGUUCAUUUUUUGACCGUUCGAAAUGUCACUCUGAAAAUGUUCGGUCAUUUUUCGAACGUUCGAAAUGUCACUCUGAAAAUGUUCGGUCAUUUUUCGAACGUUCGAAAUGUCACUUCGAAAAAGGUCGGUCGGUUUCGUAAAUUUCAGAAAUUGGUCGGUCAAACGAACGGUCAGAAAAAUGACAUGUUAUAACCGUUCGAAAAACUGAACGGUCAUAUCAGUUGAACGGUCUAAUUGGUCGAACGGUCGAAUUUUAGAACACUAAUCCCUAAUGGGGAAACUUUUAAGAGCCGUUAUGGUCGCCCCUAUAGGGACCACUCGGGAGUUCCCUGGAAUUUUUGAAAUUUUCAGUUUGAAUUUGUGAAUUUUGUAGAAAAUCAUGCAUUUUUUUUGGCCUUAAAUGAGCUGAAUUUUUCCAGAUCCAUUCGGACGAACUCUACCUGUGA